AUCUGCUCUAUACUCUGACUAUUCCCUACACACAAAAGCCAUGCCCCAAGAGUCGAUUCCCCACCAUCUACAAUAACUCUAUAAAACAAAGAAAGAUAUCAUUACACAGAGUCAGAGAGAGAGAGAGAGAGAGAGAGAGAUGAAGGGAAGGAAGAGCAGUCACACAUUGUUGAGAGGAGGGAGGAGAGAGUGCAGUUACAGCCAUGGUUUCUCUUUAGCUCAGAUCCAAUCACUGGCUGCCAUCUGUGAGGCUCUUAUCCCUCCCCUGCCAUGGGACAGCAUCGGCAGGGAGAAGAACCCAGCUGAUCACCAGUCCCUCCAUUCCUUCUACAAAGCUUCUGGGUCUCAGCCUCCAAUCCCUGAUGAGGUAGCAGAGCUCAUUGUGAAGAGGUGUAUACCACAGGCUGUGUUCCUAGUGAGAGUAGUUCUGCAGAUGCUCUCAUUCAGACUGGGAACACUAUUGCUUUGUGGGUAUCUGUGCUUUAAUGGGAAAUGGCCAUUUAUUCUUAACUUCUCCAAUAUUUCUUUGGAAAAGAGAGAAGAAAUUCUCAAGAAAUGGUCAAGAGAAAGGCAUCUGGUACCCUUAAGGAUAGUGUUUGUGGCUAUUAAAAUGUUCUGCUUCUUUAACUUCUUCUCAAGGACUGAUGAAAAUUCAGAAAAUCCAGCCUGGGAAGCAAUCGGGUACCAUGUUGACACCAAGGAAAAAUUGACAAAACCACAUGAGGAGAGGCCACUCCAGAAGGGAGUGAUAGAAACUAUGUAUGAAAGUGACUCCACAAUUGUCCAAUCUCUCACCCAAAAAGGCCUUGAAGUCACUGAAGAUUCAGAGCAAAGUGUAUACAAGAUCAAAUGUGACGUUGUUGUUGUUGGUUCUGGUUGUGGUGGAGGGGUUGCAGCUGCAGUGCUUGCAAGCUCUGGCCAAAAAGUAAUCGUCCUUGAGAAGGGAAACUAUUUUGUGCCUGCAGACUAUUCUUCUUUAGAAGGGCCUUCCCUGAAUGAGCUAUAUGAAUCAGGUGGACUAAUGUCAACUCUUGAUGGGAAAACUAUGAUCAUGGCCGGCUCAACAGUGGGUGGAGGCUCUGCCAUAAACUGGUCUGCAUCUAUCAAAACACCAGAUUCAGUUAUCCGAGAAUGGUCUGGGGAUCACAAGAUCCCACUUUACGCAAGCUCUAGCUAUCAAUCUGCCAUGGAUGCCGUUUGUAAGAGGAUUGGUGUCAUAGAUAAGUGUACAGAAGAAAGCUUUCAGAAUCAAGCACUCCGAAAAGGGUGCGAGACGCUUGGUUUGAAAGUUGAGAAGGUGGCAACAAAUUCCUCAGAAAAUCAUUAUUGUGGUUCUUGCGGUUAUGGUUGUAGAGCAGGAGACAAGAAAGGCACUGAUUCAACUUGGCUGGUCGAUGCUGUGAACUGUGGUGCAGUGAUCCUAACGGGAAGCAAAGCUGAGAAACUCAUACUAGUGAAUGAAAAGAAUGGAAGGACGAGAAAGAGAUGCCUGGGAGUGAUUGCAACAACAUUGAGUGAGACUCUGAAAAAAAAUUUGCAAAUUGAGGCCAAAGUAACAAUUUGUGCAUGCGGGUCUAUUUUGACUCCCCCUCUAAUGAUCUCUAGUGGCUUGGAGAAUCCAAACAUUGGCAGAAACCUCCACCUCCACCCUGUUCAACUGGUUUGGGGAUACAUUCCAGAAAAUACAUCGAAUCUCAAAGGCAAAACGUAUGAGGGAGGCAUCAUUACCUCGCUCCAUAAGGUGGUUUCAGAAGAAUCCGAUGUCCGGGCUAUUAUAGAAGCUUCUGCACUUGGACCUGCCUCUUUUAGCGGAUUACAUCCAUGGGUUUCGGGGCUCGACAUGAAGGAAAGGAUGGUGAAGUAUGCCAGAACUGUUACCCUUUUGGCAUUGGUAAGAGAUCAGGGUUCAGGAGAGGUGAAGGCAGAGGGUAAGAUUAAGUAUCGAUUAAGUCGUACUGACGAAGAAAAUCUUCAAGCUGGGAUGAGGCAGGGUUUGAGGAUUUUGGUUGCCGCUGGAGCCGUUGAAGUGGGUACGUAUAGGGGUGAUGGCCAGAGAAUUAAAUGUAAAGGAAUCAAGGAGGAGGAUUUGGAGGAGUUCUUGGACACAGUCACAGCAGUUGGAGGGGCAAUUUCAAGGGGAGAACAUUGGACCGUAUAUUGUUCUGCACAUCAGAUGGGAAGUUGUAGAAUGGGUGCCACAGAGGAAGAAGGUGCAGUCGAUGAGAAUGGUGAAAGUUGGGAAGCAAAAGGGUUAUUUGUAUGUGAUGGAAGCCUUCUACCUACUGCAAUUGGGGUCAAUCCCAUGAUUACCAUCCAAUCCACUGCUUACUGCAUUUCCAAGAGGAUUGCAGAGUCCUUGAAAAAGCAAAAAUUCUACGAGUAGAAUUUGGCUUAGGUACUGUAACAAAAAAAAAACUACAGCAUAUAUUUGGUAGUUUUUUCUACAGUGUAAGAGAAUAAUCUAAAAUAAAUUCUUGUAAUGAGAAAACCAAAUAAUUGAUUGUGUAA